AUGUCCUCUACCAAGUUUGCUCUCGGCGCCAUUGCCUCUCUGGCCUCUUCUCUGCUUCUUCUCGCCUCGCCAGCUGCAGCAGCCAGUACCGUCACACCUACUGCUCCAGGACCCGGAGAGGUCUUCACUGCUGGUGGACAGUGCUCUACUACUUGGACACCGGCUACUGGCAGCUCGUGGAAGAACAUGACCAUUGAGCUCAUGACCGGUUCCAACCUCGCCAUGGUCUCCCUCGCAAAGGUAGCCACUGGCCUCGAUGGAACUUCCUCUUCAGACACCACCUACACCUUCACCUGCCCCGACGUGACUCUGUACAGUGCCGUCUACUUCUACCAGUACACCCACGGCAACGAAAAGGACCCAACGUGGACCACUCGUUUCACCAUCCAGUCUGCCAGUGGAGAAUCCGUCGACCCACCCGAGUCAGAGUGGAUCUGCAGGCGCAGCAGCAGGUACAGCUGCUGGUACUACCACCAUCACUGGUACUGGUUCGGGCAGCGCAGCCACGACUGCUGCUGGUAG